GGAAGUGGAGCACAAAAGCGGCCAACAAACAAGAAGCUGCACAGGAGUGGAGUUCCUCUUUUGAAAGCUCACACAGACAAAUAGACGUUUUGACCAUCAACUCAUUGCACUAUAUUUAUUAUUGAGCAACAACAAACCUCUAAUGCGACAGCUUGCUUUCUGUUGAUUUCCUAUGAAGUUACCCCACCAUGGAAGCACAGACAGCCCAGCAACGGCCCAACGAAAGUUCUGUGAUUUUCGUGGCGCCCAAUGACACGCGGCGUCUUCUGGAAGUCUAUGUCAAACGCAGCCUCAGCCUCAACGAUGAGUCACUGGGACGCAAGCAUCACGAGCGCAAACUCAAGUGGGUGACCAUCCCCAAAAGGCACCGGAGACAUUCCAGCGACCCUUCCAUUCAUUUGGCCGGGGCCCUGAACGACGGGACGUUCCACUCACUUGCUCCCACCGAAACUCCCCCGGACAUACCGCCGGACAACAAUGUCAGCAAGAAGUCCAAGAAGAACAAAAAGCCCUCCUUGUGGAAGAACUUCCUGGGUCUGUUCUCACGACGGAGCACUGAGGAGAAAGACGAGGUGCGGGAGUGUCCGUCCGACAUUCCCGAGGCUUCGGACGAUGAUGCGAACCGCACCGCUGUGUGCCGGCCAGCCUCGACGCCGGCCACCUCGACAAAGAAGAAGUCCUCAAAGAGAAUGAGUUUGAAAAGAAGGUUCUCCAAGAGGCGUCUGUCCCUCAUUAUGAUCAACAAGAGAGAGGAGUGCGACCCGGCAGACAUCCCCGUAGCAGAAGCUCUGGUGAGUGUGGAACCGACCAUCGCCUACUAUGAGAAGGUGUCCGAGGAACUGGAGAAGAUUCUCCAUGAGGUCAAGGAGAAGGAGGACGAGGUGACUAUGUCAGACGAGGAAGUCAUCAACCGGAUCAUCGCUUUGACUAAGGAGCAGGGAGACGCUAUCGACGACAAGAUUAAAGACAAUUCCACCCUGAGCAAUUUCUUCCAAGGGUUGUCAUACUCUUCCUUCCAAAGGCUAGCUGAUGCUUACUUGGAGGAGGAGGCAUCAGCCACGCGCAUGCAACCCAUCAUCCCGUCCACAGCACCGGAGCUGGUCAAGCUGGCCUUCACGUUGGACUUCACAGCUCGCGUCGCCAGCCUCUCCCGGCAGAACGUCGGGUACAUCACCGGCCUGGGGAACCGCUACCUACAAGACCGAUUUGAAUAUAAACAAGCGUGUUCGGAACAUCCUUAAUGACAGAGGAGGCAGCUACGCUAAUGGUGGAACCAGUUCCCGGAGUUAAGGAUGAGGUCCAAGUUUCCGGUUUGAUUUGUUUCAUUUGUGCUUAGUUAUGCCGGAAGAGCAUAACGUGCUGACACGGAUGCUUUGAGGACAUUCCAAAUGUAAUACCAUAGUAGCUUGGUCUACUAUUUUGUUGGCAUCAUGCUGCAGGGCUCUGUAACAUGGUUGAGAUUUUUUCUUUUUUUAAUGAUUUUAUAUUUUGGGCAUUGCACCUAAAUUGAGAAAAACACUAAAUUAAAUGUGGUCCAAAUAUGCUAUAUCAUUGUUAGAUAAGUUAAACAUUUGUUGCUAAACAGAUGUAGACCAUUUAAAUUAUUGGCGGAGGAGUCAGUUCAGGCCAACUACAAAAAAAGUGCAAUUAAAACAUAUUUGUAGAGUUUAUGUACUGUAUAAGCAUUCAUUUGGACCCGUCAUGUAAAUCCAGUGUUUAUGUAAUAAAUGUGAUGUUUACUUAAUUUAGUUAAAAAAAACUGUGCAAUACUGUUUACAAUCCCACAAUUUCACAAUUAAGAUGUUAGUUGUCUUAUUUAUUAGAAGCUCAAAUCAAAUGUGAAAUUCUGUUUAGAAUGUGAAUGCAGGCAUUCAUCUUGCAAAUAAACAUGUCAAAUCAACAAAAGCUGUCCUGUGGUUUUGGGAUGAAGGGAAGGGCAAAGGUAAAAAAGAGUAACGUGUGUUUUGUUAGCCUAUGCUAAAAGCACAGGAAGCCAAUGGGAAGAACUCAAACCAGUGCCGCACCUUUUGUCAACCGAAGACUUUACUUCAGGACUUGUAGAAACAACAAUGUGGAUGUGCGGAAGCAUGCGAAAUGCGGUUCGGAAAUUCCACCGUGUCGAGACCUUUAGGAAUAUUUGCCGUUUGAAUGAGCCUUGCCGCACCCCAUCUUGGCCUAAUAAUGCUAACGUGUAGUUAAACAGAUGGAAUGUGGCAGUGUGUCGGAAUCUAGGCUGAAGCGUACGCUGAUGGAUCCCACCUGAGGAACAGGUUGGCCCCGCAGGCAGAUGGCCAGGACGAGGAACGCCUUACACUUUUUACUGAUUGCUUUGACGCAGCUGUCAUCUCAAAUUUGCAAACAUUUUUUUUUUUUUGUGCAAAAGGUUCUAUCUGUGCCAAAACAUUUUGAAAUAUGGAAUAAAAGCACAAUUUGCCUUCACACAACUGCAGCAAUCAUUAAGCCUCAGACUCCCUGUGACGUCCUAAAUGUAAACAUGUGCUGUCGGAGGGUCAACAUUGCAAGUCCAGCACAGUUAACUUCUUGGAGAACUAAGUGAAACAGGAAGUGGAAAAUUGACAACAGUGAUACCACUGUGACCGCAGCGUGUGGGUGAAGAUAUGAGCAUGGUGCAAAGUCCUGUGGGGGGGAGGCUUACUAUGUAAAGAAAUAUCACCAUAAAUGACAUAUUGGUUAUAAAGGUAUACAAGACUUUUCAUUUUUUAUAAUGUAACAUCACUGACAGAAACUAUCUCUUUAGAUUGUAUAUUUUUUGUAGUUUUAAAAAUAUAAUCUAGUGUGUUCUUUCUCAGUACAGGUUGAUUUUAAGGCUAUUCCAAAUGUAUUCUUGUGUGAUCGGUCAUGAGGAAACGAAAAAUGAAACGCAUUUCUUUUAAAUACAUUUUAAAAACAAUUAUGUGAAAUCUCAUUCAUUAUUCACUGGGACUUACAAGAAACAGGUCUGGCAAGAUUUGUGAGAAAUUGGAGCCCAGCAUAUAUCCAUCCAGCCUUCUUUCUAUCAAAGUAGGCUUGCUUGUUGGCUGUCAGAUCUCUGUUGUGGGAAGUUAUCUCAGAUGGCAAUUUACUGCAUCCUGCAGGGCAGUCUCUGUACUACAACUGCCAUUUUUGGGGGAGUUUUGUUGUGUUGGUCAUUGUCUAGGUAAACAUCUGUAACAGUCAUUUUGCCCUCACCGUAAAACUACUGCCAAUGUGGAAUGAACAUUUUCGGACUGGGCUAUGUCAUUCAAGCGCUUUUGCAGUAUGUUUGAAAUCAAAAAUGUUGACUCCACAAUGGCAGCUUGACACGUCCGUAGAAAACAUUUGUGUCCGUCCAACAAUCAUAAGUGUGCUAUAUUUACAAUAGCAAAUCUUGUGAACCUUGAGUGAACCCUUCUUGUCUCAAAAGUUCAGCCAAGCCAUCAACUGAAUGAUUUUCUUUUCCAUCUGUUAGGUCUCUAACAUGAAAACAAAAACAAAUGUUAAGCAUCAUUAUGUGUAUACUACACAUGAGCCAAAGUAGUGUUUCAAGGGUG